AUGUUAAUUUUAAUUUUAACACCUCUCUUUUCUUUCUCUGGCCCCCUCUCUCCUCUCUCUCUCUCUCCCUCUCUGGCCUCUCUCUCUGGCCCCCCUCUCUCUCUCUGCUCUGGCCCCUCUCUGGCCCCUCUCUCCCCCCUCUCUCCCUCUGGCCCCUCUCUCUCACCCCCUCUCUCUCUCUCUCUCUCUCUCUCACCCCUCUCUCUCUCUCUCUGCACCCCCUCUCUCUCUCUCUCUGCACCCUCUCUCUCUCUCUCUCUCUGCACCCCCUCUCUCUCUCUCUCUGCACCCCUCUCUCUCUCAACACCUCUCUCACCCCUCUCUCUCUUCUCUCUCUGCACCCCUCUCUCUCUUUCUCUCUGCACCCCCUCUCUCUCUCUCUCUCUUCUCUGCCCCCCCUCUCUCUCUUUCUCUCUGCCCCCUCUCUCUUUCUCUGGCCCCCUCUCUCUCUAG